CUCAAAUUCCCACAAGCGAAUUGCACCGCGUAGAAUGCACGUCGAGGAGACACUAAUCUACUAUGUAGGGUUCACGCUGACACGCAUGUUUUGGUUGUGCCCGUUCGUGUCCAAUUUCCUUGCCGCCUUGGGAAGCGAACGUGCAAACAUUACGGAGACAGGGCUUCCACUGGCAGAAUGGCUCAGGCAUUGUCCACAAACACGUUUUUGGUUCCCAUUCGUGCGAUGUCUUGAUGCUCAUGUCAAGAUGAAGGCUCACUCACCUUCUCCAUCAACAGGCGCUGUCGCGAUGGUUCUUCGGGCUUUGGUGCUCGCUACCGUCUGUCCUGUGUUGUAUUCCGUCGUGCUGACUCGACCCGCCCACGAGCACGACGAGCACGAGUACGAGCUGGCUGUCAAGCAGUACGAGGAGUACAGCGAGUACGUCAUCGGUUCAGGCACUUGCAACGACGUUUGCGAACGGUCUGGCCUGGCGUGCAACAUGGAUCCGUUGUACAACGUGACCUCGGAGGUGUGCUGGACACUUUGGAAUUCCAUGCCAAAGCGUGGACAAAGGAGCAUAUCUCCUUCUCAGGGGUAUAUUGGUGCAGGCUGGGAUGAUCAUUACUCUGGCGCGUCUCCGUGCGUCUUCGACAGCGGGGCCGGAGCGGAGGGGUCCCUGGCAUACUUCGCAAACAAAGACAGCGCCCACAGCAGCCGGGGCUCCGGCUACCUCAGCUGCUCUGCCAGGCUGCGGGAGCUGGACGACACCUCCGAGUACCUGUGCGCCUGCCGGCGCGCCCCGGACCGGCCUGGCCUCCGCCUGGGCCUGCGGCCGACGCCCGCGCCCGGCCCCGCCCCGCCCCCGCCCCCGGGCCCUGCCCCGGCCCCUGGCUGGAGCAUGCCGGGCCCGGCCCCUGCGCCCGCCCCCGGCCCUCCACCGGCGCUGCCGACGGGCAGCCCGACCGCGUCGCCCACCUCCGAGCCGCUGCCUCUCGUAGCGCCGGCCCCGACCGCCAGCCCGACGGGGAACCCGACAACGGCGCCCACCUCAAGCCCGACCGCUCCUCCGACGGCGUCACCAUCAGGAAGCCCGACGAGCAGCCCGACUGCGUCGCCCACCUCCGAGCCGCUUCCUCUCGUGAUGCCGGCCCCAACAGCCAGCCCGACGGGAAGCCCGACGAGCAGCCCGAUUACGACCCCCACCUCUAGUCCGCUUCCUCUUCUGACACCCCCCCCAACAGAAAGCCCGACUGGCAGCUCCAUUCCGGCAGAUGCCGACGGAUUUGUGCCUGUCCCAGUUGCGCCUGUGUCAACCGACAUCGACGCAAUGCCAGUGCCCCUCAGUCAGCCGCUGCCCCUGAGUGGGGCGAACAGCGUGACUUCAGCUGCGGGAGCGUCGGAAAACAGCGUGACGCCCAGCGCCAAGGGAGACCCGCACCUGCAGAAUAUUUACGGCCAACGGUUCGACUUGAUGGCUCCUGGCAGGCACAUCUUGCUGCAUAUCCCAAAAGGCGCGGGCACCGUGGACACGCUGCUCCGUGUCGAUGCAGAGGCAAGGCAGAUGGGGCAUAAAUGUGCGGACAUGUAUUUCCGAGAGUUGAACAUCACGGGGUCGUGGGCAGAGGUUAGGCAAGCUGGUGGCAUCAAGUUCCGUGCGGAUGAAGUUGACGGCGAGCUCAACUCCAGUUGGAUGACCUUCGGGAAGGUGGACUUGAAGGUGAUCCACGGGCAUACCCAGCAAGGUAUCCAGUACCUCAAUGUCUACGUCAAACAUCUUGGGCACACAGGGCUGCAUAUUGGAGGGCUGCUCGGUGAGGACGACCACAGCAAGGAGGAGAUCCCUGUAGAGGAGUGCGGAACACGAAUAGCUCUUCGUAGUUAUGGUAAGAAGGUCUCCUUCCAGAACGGCACGAACAUUGAGUCACAUUUGCGUCACGCUUCUGUGGCUGAGGCAAGCUUGGCCUAGCACAUUUGGCACUGUUUGUUCCGCUAUUGGAGGAAACACGGCGAAGGGCUCGCAUGGAGUGGCGGUGUGGG